AUGGGGAUAGAGGAUAACAACACGAGGAACGGCCUGUCGGAUCAAUGGGCCGAUAGCAUGGUGGUUCGGCCCCGGACCACGGAGCGGAGCAUCACCGUCCACAAGAAACUGCGUCCGGUUCGAGGAGUGCGCCGGGGAGAGCACUCACGAGCGGGCAACGGCUCUAACGCCAAGUUCAACGGGUCACGGGAUGGAAACGGGAACCACAAAGAUGAGGAAGCCCAGCCGUGGCGACACCUCCGGUUACCGACGUCUCUCCGGCCCCGGCACUACGACCUGCGUCUCUCAGUGUACAUGGAUAACUUUACUUUCUCCGGGGAAGUGAACAUUGAAUUCGAGUGUGUGAACUCUACCAAGUUCAUAGUGCUUCACACCGACCGCCUCGAGGUGGAGAAAGUGGCGGUUUACUCGGACAACAAAAAACCCGGCGUCAUGAGAAUCCACCGCCAGUUCCACUACCGAGCCAACCAGGUUUAUGUGAUCGCUUUACACAGGGAACUAAAGCCCACGAGGACGUAUAAAGUAAACAUUACUUUCGAGGCUCAAAUAGAAAGCGAACUCCUGGGAUUUUUCCGCAGCUCAUAUAUGCUGCAGGGAGAGAGAAGGUACAUGGCGGUGACGCAGUUCUCCCCCACCCAUGCCAGAAAGGCCUUCCCGUGUUUCGAUGAGCCCAUCUACAAGGCCACGUUCCGGGUCAUCCUGAGACACGAUGCGUCCUACCUCUCUCUCUCCAACAUGCCUGUAGAGGCCUCCAUCUCUGAUGAUGAUGGCUGGGUGACCAACCACUUCUCCAGGACCCCUCGUAUGUCCACCUACUACCUGGCCUGGGCAGUCUGUAACUUUACCUACAGAGAGGUAACCACUGACAGCGGAGUGGUGGUGAGUUACACUACUGACCCCCCUAACCCUAACCUUACCCCUUACCCUAAACCUGGGCACUCCGUCAAGGUCACCCUCUCCACCAGCGCCAGUCUUGGCACCAGCACCAGCCCCAGCCCCCGCGCCGCACCCUUCAUCAAAGUGGAAGUUAUUCACCAUAACCACCGCCCACGCUGGC